GCUGUCUUUACGACAGGCCGUAUUCCACGCCUCCAACAUGGCGUCCCCCAUUUAAGAAGCGGCAGUAGUUUCUACUCAGGUGGCCAGGGGCAGUGCUGAGCUUGGGCUGUUGUGUGUGUAGCCUGAAGUGCUGAAAGCUGUAGUUAAAGUUCGUUUCUAGUCACGGUUCCAGGAACUCUCCCUUCUUUCAGGGUCAGGAGUUGCCGGUUCCUUCUAGUUCCUGCAAGUUCUUCCUCUGCCCCUGGUUUGUUCCCUGCGCCACCUCCGGACACCCCCCCAAAUCCCUGACACUCCCAGACUCAAACUAUGAGCCUUCGGCGGCUGCUGUUGCGCUUACCCCGUUAUCUCGGGGUCUCGGGUUCCCCGCGACGCUUGUGGUGGUCCCCGUUCCUCGAUACCAUCUCUUCGGUGGGCUCCUGGCGUGGUCAGUCCUCCAGGUCCCCGGCCCACUGGAACCAAGUAGUGUCAGAGGCGGAGAAGAUCGUGGGCUAUCCCGCGUCCUUCAUGAGCCUCCGCUGCCUGCUCAGCGACGAACUCAGCAACAUCGCUAUGCAGGUGCGGAAGUUGGUGGGGACUCAACACCCUCUGCUUACCACGGCCAGGGGGCUUGUACAUGAGAGCCGGCAUAACCUCCAGUUGAGGGGCUUGGUGGUGUUACUUAUUUCUAAAGCAGCUGGGCCCAGCAGCAUGAAUGCAUCAUGUCAGAACUAUGAUAUGGUCAGUGGGAUCUAUUCAUGUCAAAGAAGUUUGGCAGAGAUCACAGAACUUAUCCACACUGCUCUCCUCGUACAUCGUGGGAUAGUAAAUUUAAGUGAAUUGCAAUCCUCUGAUGGACCACUGAAAGACAUGCAAUUUGGAAAUAAAAUAGCUAUCCUGAGUGGAGACUUUCUUCUAGCAAAUGCCUGCAACGGACUAGCUCUGCUACAGAACACCAAGGUUGUGGAACUUUUAGCAAGUGCUCUUAUGGACUUGGUGCAGGGAGUAUACCAUGAAAAUUCUACUUCAGCAAAGGAAAAUCAUAUCACAGAAGAUAUUGGAAUAUCAACUUGGAAGGAACAGACUUUUCUCUCCCAUGGUGCCUUAUUAGCAAAGAGCUGCCAGGCUGCAAUGGAAUUAGCAAAGCAUGAUGCUGACGUUCAGGAUAUGGCAUUUCAGUAUGGGAAGCACAUGGCCAUGAGUCAUAAGAUAAAUUCUGACCUCCAGCCUUUUAUUAAGGAAAAGACCAGUGACUCCAUAACUUUUAAUCUCAACUCAGCUCCUGUGGUCUUACAUCAGGAGUUUCUUGGAAGAGACUUGUGGAUUAAGCAGAUCAGAGAGGCUCAAGAGAAGGGAAGAUUAGACUAUGCUAAGUUGCAAGAAACAAUCAAAGCUGGCAAAGGUGUGACUUCAGCUAUUGACCUGUGUCGUUACCAUGGAAACAAGGCACUGGAGGCCCUGGAGAGCUUUCCUCCCUCGGAGGCCAGAUCUGCUUUAGAAAACAUUGUGUUUGCUGUGACCAGAUUUUCGUGACACCAAAUUAAAAAGACACUAUUGUUCGUUAGCUGAAAAAAAACUGGGGAAUGAGGUGAUCGAGAGAGCUUUCAUGAUGAAAUAACUAAAUGUGUUAAUGACUUUAAAAACAUAAUACAUUUUUUCCUUCCUUUUAUCACAUUGCUAAAUGAAUACUGCCUUCUUUUUGGAACUGCUACAAACAAAAUUAGAAGAAAAAAAGGUCAAGCAGUUUUCACUUGUCACGCCAGAAGCACACUUGAGGCUGCAGUAGCAGAAAUAAUUAAUGAGAUUCGCUCCUGUGACCUCAGCAAAUGGACAGGAAAUAAGUCCUUAUUGAUUGGACCGAGCCAGGGAUGGCGCCAGGGCGGUGGCCUGUGGUUUUCUUUCUAGAGAGGACAGAGCAAGCUGGAAGCUGCAGGUGUCAAGAGAAACACUAUCACUGCCAGCCGGAGAGGACUGUCAGAUCAAAAACUAGUGACCAAUCUGACAUAAUGGAGGGUCGUUCAGUAAUUAAGAAAAAAAAAAAAAAGUGCUUUGUCUUCUUGCAAUUAUGUCUCUGCAUUUGUAAGUACAGUAUGAAUAUACUUGGCACUUCAUGGUUUUUGUAACAUUUUUUUAGGAAAAAUUGCUGAAAAACAUAAUGCCAAAUAUUCGAAGUUAGGAGAUUAAAAUGCUCUCGAAUGUUAACUUGGUUGUAGUAGGAAGGCUUCUGUUUCCUUCUGGGAGACCAAAUAUUGUUCAAACACAUUUCAAAGAACCAAACUUUUUUUAAGUAUGUUGUAUUCAUUUGUAAUAUUUUGGUAUAGAGAAUACCUUUAACUUUUACAAGUAUUAGAUAUAGAACUGUUGUUCUGGGGAAUAUACUGGUGUGGGGUUUUUUUUGUUUUUUUGUUUUUUUUAAUUCAGAAUGUCAAAUUUUGGUCUUGAACCACAGACCUCCAAUUACAGAGAAAAUAUAGGCAACCUCCCAGGCCUGCAAUCAGACACUGUCUCUGUGUGGUUCAUAGGAGAUGAUUUUUGCGGUUUGCGUGCAUGCAAUCUGAGAACACCGUUGACAAGAAGGCUGAGUUUACAUAAAUGAUCUAGAUUGAGACUCAGCUACCUUUCUUCCUUAUGUGGUGUAAUCACAGCCCUAUCUGGAGACAGUGAACACAGCAAACAGAUUUUAUUACCUCAUUCACUCAAACAUCCAGUGAAGUUAUUUUAGUUUAAUUCCUCCCUCUAGAAGUUACAAAACUGUUUUAUCAGGACGAGAAAAUGUGAGUGACAGAGGUUAAGGUAUCAUAUUAUGAUUUUUUUUUUAAUAUUCUUAAAAUGUUGUGAUUACUGUUUAUGCUACUAUAAUUUGAAGGCCUGUAGAUUUAGCAAAAGUGAACAUUCUUCUGUCUCAAAUGGUAUUUUCUCACAGAAAUUGGCUUAAUUAGUAACUAUGGUUAGAUGCUUUAGAUAGAGUAGGUUUUAAUCAUUAACUUGCACAAAGGAGGAGCCGUGCUCAGUGUUCUCUGGAGGUGCAGGAGCUUACACAGAGCGGUAGGUUUUACUAAGCAGCUGGUCAGGUACCAAAAGGCAGGACCCGAGGGCUCUUCUCAUUCUGGUUUAGCAGCUGGUUUGCUGUGUGACCUUGAGUUAGUCACUUCCCUCUGAGCCUCCACUUCCUCAUCUGUCAAAUAAAAUUAAAUGAGAGAAUGUAUGAAGUCCC